GGUCUCCGCGGAGCUGUCCAAGGCGGUGCGGGGCCAGAGCCGCCCCCUCCGGCCUCGCCCGGCCCCGCCGCCUCCCCCCCGGCCUCGCCGUCGGGGCCGCGCCGAGGGGCGGGGGUCGCCCCCUCGGCCGACCGGCGGGGCGCCAUGAAGCUGGAGGUGUUCUCGCAGCACUACGAGGACAAGCUGAGCGCCGGCAGCGACCAGGAAGGCAGCGGCUCCCUCUCCCCGGCGCCGGCAGACAGCGAGCUGGGCUCCGACGGCGACUGCGCCGCCAACAGCCCCGGCGGCGGGGCCGAGGACGGGGCGCCCCCCGCAGCAGCCCCCCCCGGCCCCGCAGCAGCCCCCGCCGCCGCCACCCCCGCCGCCGCCGCCGCCGAGAGCGCCAAGGGGAAGCCCUACACGCGGCGCCCCAAGCCGCCCUACUCCUACAUCGCGCUGAUCGCCAUGGCCAUCCGGGACUCGGCCGGGGGCCGCCUGACCCUGGCCGAGAUCAACGACUACCUGAUGAGCCGCUUCCCCUUCUUCCGCGGCGCCUACACGGGCUGGCGCAACUCGGUGCGCCACAACCUCUCGCUCAACGACUGCUUCGUCAAGGUGCUGCGCGACCCGGCGCGGCCCUGGGGCAAGGACAACUACUGGAUGCUCAACCCCAGCAGCGAGUACACCUUCGCCGACGGCGUCUUCCGACGGCGCCGCAAGCGCCUGAGCCGCGCCGCCCCGCCGCCCGCCCGCCCCGUCGCCGCCCCGCCGCCACCGCCGCCGCCGCCGCCGCCGCCGCCAGCACCGGGGGAGGCGACCGGAGCGGGCUCCGCGUCCCCCGGCGGCUCCCCGCGGUGCUGCUGCGCCUCCUCGCCCUGCAACUGCGCGCCGGGCCCCGGCGCUAAGAAGGAGGCGGCGACAGCGGGCGGCGCCGCCAAGUUCUCCAGCUCCUUCGCCAUCGAGAGCCUCCUCCGGAGGCCGCCGGCGCCCCGCGCCCCCCCGCAGCCUCCCCCGCAGCCCCACGGCCGCCUCGUGUGGCCGGCGCCCCCCGCGCCCCCGCCGCACCUGCUGGCCGGUCCCUACCCGCUGCUGCCCUACCCGGGGGCCGCGCAGCAUCCCCCCGCCGCCCUCUACGGGGGGGGUCUCCUGCAGCUCUGCGCCUACGGGCUGCCCGAGCCGCCGCCGCUGCUGCUGCCCGGCGGGCGGCAGGCGCUGCCCCGCGGGGAGCCGUCGGGGGAGCGGCCGCCGGAGCCGCUCUUCCCCGCCGGCCUCCACAAAGGGGGCCGGGGGGGGCCGCAGACGGGGUCCCCGCUCUACGCCCCCCUCCGGGUGCAGCCGGCCGCCGGGGGCUCGGCCCCCUUCCAGCCGUACGCCGUGGAGACCCCCCUGGCUUAAUGGACCCCCCCCCUCCGUCUGCCCUGCGAGGGGAGGCGGGGAAGGGGGCGAGGAGGAGGCUCUGGAUCCCGCACUUUAGCCCCAGAAGCGCCCAAAGCCUCCAAGCGAAAGCCUUCGGUGACUGUGCCUUAGAGAAAUGACAGCGGGUUCGCGUCAACCCAACCCAAAACCGGCCCCAAACGUGCCGUUUCGGACGUAGCCAUGAUCCUCAAGUGCUUCUUACUGUUCGUCGAGACUACUUGACUUCAGCCAUUCCCUCGCCUUCCCCUCCGGACCCCCCUUUUUUUUUUUUUAAUCCCCGCACCUCCCGCCACCGACGCCUUCGGUGACAGCAGGGGCUGUCCCCGCGGUGGCGGCAGCCGGGGGUCGCGCUGUGCACUCGGGAAGGCGGGGAAGGGGUGGUGGGAGGGUGGGAAAAGGGGGGUGGGGGGGGGCUGCUGCGGAGCCGUAGGGUCUGUACUGCAAAGCAUCACUGUGCCAAAAGAAGCCUUUUCUCCUGUCCGGCAACUAGCAUUUCGUGGGAAGGGAGGACAUUAAAUUAUUUAUAAAAGUA